ACAUGACCAAAAAAAAAAAAAGGUUAGAUCUUUGGCUCCAUCAUCGAAAAUUCAAAACUCCAAACCUCAAACGGUCCCAAACUUUGAAUUUAAACCCAUCUACACCGUUCAAACCAAUCAUUCUCCACGGUUAGAUCACAGAAUCUUCUUCUCUCUCAUCCACUCAACCCCAAUUUUCUUUCUUCUUCAUCAUUCCCAAAUCCACCACACUUCAAAUUUCAUUUCCCUCUUCAUUCAUUUCACUUCAAAUCCAACUCCAAACUCCAUUUCCACAAAUCUUCCAUCGAAAUCGCUCCGUUCACCGCACAAUGCCGUUUCUAUCAGAGGCUGCAAGUGCAAUCAAAAGCAGAUUCGGUUUCCAGAAUCAUCCAUCCGAACAACUUUCGCUGAUUCAGAACACUCCAGAUCUUCUCAAAUCAGCGGUUAAGGAUAAUCUAAUUCAAAGCUCUGCAGUUCGUAACAUUACCGAUUGGGAUGAUGAAGUUGUUGUUGGACAAAGUAGUGCUGCGGUUUCGUCAAUUCAAAGCUUUGAAUUGUGUGAAGAUCCUUCUUUCUGGAAAGAUCAUAAUGUGCAGGUUAUAAUUAGAAUGCGUCCUCUUAGUAAUAACGAGAUAUCGGUUCAAGGGAACAGCAAAUGUGUUAGACAAGAGAGUUGUCAGACAAUUGCAUGGACUGGACCUCCCGAGGCACGAUUUACUUUUGAUCUUGUUGCAGACGAGAAUGUUAGCCAGGAGAACCUCUUUAAAGUAGCUGGUUUACCAAUGGUAGAUAAUUGCAUGGGAGGUUACAACAGCUGCAUGUUUGCUUAUGGUCAAACUGGAAGUGGGAAGACGCACACCAUGCUCGGUGACAUUGAAGGAGGAACUAGAAGACACAGUGUCAACUGUGGGAUGACACCAAGAAUAUUUGAGCACUUGUUUUCAAGGAUUCAGAAGGAAAAAGAGGCACGUAGAGAUGAGAAGUUAAAAUUCACAUGCAAAUGUUCUUUCUUGGAGAUAUACAAUGAACAGAUCCUUGAUCUUUUGGACCCUUCAUCUAACAAUCUGCAGAUAAGAGAAGACAACAAGAAAGGUGUUUAUGUGGAAAAUAUUAAGGAAGUAGAAACAGCUAAUGCUCGAGAUGUCAUUCAGCUACUUGUUCAGGGUGCUGCAAACAGAAAGGUGGCUGCUACUAAUAUGAAUCGCGCUAGCAGCCGUUCUCAUAGUGUAUUUACUUGCAUCAUUGAGAGUCAAUGGGAAUCUCAAGGUGUAACUCACUUUCGAUUUGCUCGACUCAAUCUUGUUGAUUUGGCUGGAUCUGAGAGGCAAAAGAGUUCUGGCGCAGAAGGAGAACGCCUCAAGGAAGCUACUAAUAUCAACAAGUCUCUUUCAACUUUGGGGCUUGUGAUUAUGAACCUAGUAAGCAUAUCGAAUGGGAAGUCACACCACGUUCCUUACCGUGAUUCAAAGCUCACAUUUUUACUUCAGGACUCUCUUGGGGGAAAUUCAAAGACUAUCAUAAUUGCAAAUAUCAGUCCCUCCAUUUGUUGUUCGCUCGAGACAUUAAGCACAUUGAAGUUCGCACAACGUGCUAAAUUUAUUAAGAACAAUGCCAUAGUAAAUGAGGAUGCCUCAGGAGAUGUCAUUGCAAUGAGACUUCAAAUUCAACAACUUAAGAAAGAAGUGUCCCGUUUGCGGUCUCUAGGUGGUGGAGGGGAAGUUCAGGAUAAUGACACUUCAAUAAUUAGCUUUCCAGGUUCUCCGGUAUCAUCCUUCAAGUGGGAAGGUGCUCAAGGAUCAUUCAGUCCAUUAAAUUCUGUUAAAAGGGUAUCUCAGAAAAAAGAUUAUGAAAUUGCCCUUGUUGGGGCCUUUAGAAGGGAAAAAGACAAAGAGAUAACAUUGCAGGCACUGAGAGAAGAAAAUGAAGCGGCCAUGAAGCUGGUCAAACAAAGAGAAGAUGAGAUACAAGGUCUGAAGAUGAGGCUCAAAUUUAGAGAAGCUGAAAGAAAAAGGUUAGAAGCAGUUGCCUCUGGGAAGAUCUCAGCUGAGACACACUUGCUGAGUGAAAAAGAGGAACAUUUGAAGGAAAUUGAGGUCCUUCAGGCCAAGGUGGAUCGAAGUCAAGAUGUAACCAGAUUUGCUAUGGAAAAUUUGCAGCUCAAAGAAGAAAUAAGAAGGUUGAAGUCAUUUUAUGAGGGAGGUGAGCGGGAAAUGAUGAAUGAACAAAUCAUGGUACUCCAAAACAAGUUGUUAGAAGCAUUGGAUUGGAAAUUUAUGCACGAACCUGAUAUGAAAACAAAUGCUGACUCAGUGAUGGAAGACUUAAAUAACGACGGUGGUCUUAUUUCAAAACAGGAGCCAAGUCCAAAGUCACGUUGGCAGUCUACUCUUCGGGAGGAAAAUGAGUUUCUCCGCAUUCAGGCUAUACAAAACCAAGCAGAAAUGGACACAAUUCGGAAGAAGCUUGAGGUUUGCCUUGGAGAGAAAGAAAAAUUGGAAAGGCAAGUUGAUGAUUCGAAAGCAAAAUUUGGACAAGAAAAAACUCAAAUAAGUGAAACAACUACAGAAGAAAGGGAGCAAAUUGACCCUCCAUCAAUGACUGAUAUUCCCGUCAAUAACAUCAAUGGUCAAAUGGAACUGAAGACAAUGGUUGAUGCUAUUGCUGCUGCUAGUCAAAGAGAAGCAGAGGCUCAUGAGACAGCAAUUAUCUUGUCAAGGGAGAAUGAAGAGUUAAGAGUCAAGAUUAGAGCCCUGCUUGAGGAUAACAGUAAAUUAAUUGAAUUAUAUGAACAAGCUACUGCUGAAAAUAACAGAAAGAGUGAAGAGGAGACCGCAUUGAAAAGAGUGAUUGAGGAUCUCCAACAUCAGCUCAUGGAAGUCAAUGAAGAAAACGAUAAGUUGAUGAGUUUGUAUGAAAGAGCCAUGCAAGAGAAGGAUGAUCUUAAAAGAUUGUAUGAAAGAGCCAUGCAGGAGAAGGAUGAUCUUAAUGAAAGAGCCAUGCAGGAGAAGGAUGAUCUUAAUAGAUUGUAUGAAAGAGCCAAGCAGGAGAAGGAUGAUCUUGAAAGAAUUCUUAAUUGUUCUGGACUUGAAAGAGUGGAAACUAAAGGAGAAUUGGACUGCGUGGAAAAGUUUGUUGAAGUUGAUGAAGGGGAAAGAGACUUGGGAGUAGGAUCUGUUUCCGAGGAAGCACAAGAUAUAGAUGAUAAUAGAUAUGAUGACAAACCUACUAUAUCUGGGUCUGAUUUAUGCCUUGAGUCAGAUGGACAUGAAGAAGAAAAGCUCGUAAAGGAGGAUAAUGAGGUUGAUAUUCUGGUCAACACUGAAAAGGACACUGAGUUGUCAAAUCUCAAGGAGACAAAGUUAUCCAUGGAAUUAAAUUGUGCUAAAGAGAAGCUUGAAAGAGUAGAUGAACAAAUCUUAGAUGCUGUCAGAACACUUGGCUGCGCUGAAAAUGAAAUUGUCCAGGUUGAUGAGCUCUAUAAAGAAAUUCAAGUGAUAGAACAUGAUAUUAAGGCCAAACAUCAGCAGUUUAAAUCCUUGAACCUUGAACUUAAUGAAGCACAUAAUAGAAAAACUCUAGCUGAUAAAAAGUUAUCUGCGCUCAAAUAUUCAUUGUCAAACUUUAUGAAGCAUGGGUCAUUUUCUUACUUUGAGCAACGGGAAGCAAAGGCAAGAGCAGCUGUGAAAGACUUGGCGUCUCAAAUUGAGCGAAAGAAAGGGGAGUUAGCUGCUCUUCAAGUCUCCAAACAAGGGUUGGAAAAUGCUGUAAAGAAGAACCAAGAAUCUGAAGCUGAAUUAGCCAGAAAUAUUGCAGGCAUCAAAUCCAAAUUGGAGGAAGAGAAUCGCAAGCGUGAAGGCGAAAAGGUUCUCUUCGCUAUUGAUAACACACAGAAUGUAGACUCCUCAUUGAAAAGUUGGCAAUUUAGUGGUAAAGCAUUUGAUUUACUCAAGUUAGAAGAAGAGAAAACAAAGCUACAAGCAGAGAUGAAGCAUUCUCAAGAAAAGUUCAGUGUUAUUAGAAAGGAACUGGGCAAUCUAAACAAGAAGGCAGCAAAUGUAGAAAGUCAAAUACAAGCUAUUGGACUGGAAAUACAGCAAGGUUUGAGGAGCACAAAGGAAAAGGAGCUUUCACUUCAACGCGCGACAAAUGAAAAAGAAAUGUUCUUCGAGUUUAGAGAUAAUGGAAUGUUGGAAAUGGAGCAUUUGAUCAUUAAUCUUCAACAAUGUGUAUUUGAAUAUGAUCUAAAGGAGGCUGAAACAAAGAUUCUAGGGGAUGAAUUGCAAAUGGACUUUUUAAAAGCUGAAGAAUUACAAACAUCCAUGGUCAUUGCUGCAAAUAGCAAUUUCUUAUCUUCCAUGUCAUGUGUAGGAACAUUUGAGAAGGUAGAAGAGCAGAUGAAAAAUCUAAGGGUAUCCAUUCAGGAGACAAAAUUAUUGUUGGAAGGCAUUUCCCAUGCCACCUAAACUAUUUCAUUAUGUAACUAAUUCUUUAGUUUAUUAAUCAAAGCAUGUUGUUUUGUUUAACGUUCAUUAUGGAUCUGCAUGCAAACAAAUUGACCCCACGUUUUUCUAACUUGUGAAAGAACAACUUGUGGCUUUUGUCCAACCUUCAUCUGGCCCUGUGUCGUUGUGUCCCACUGUUUAAAGUCAUUGCAAAUAUUUAAAAUCUGUGUAAAGGACUGUUCCCUUUCUGCUUGUCCUCUUGUGGUAGAUAGUCCUAUAAGCUUUAAGCUUUAGGGAAAUAAAUGUAACUAAAUGACAUUUCAAUUGGUUAUCGUCCUGACUCCUGAGUAGUCCAGCUGUUAUAAA